AUGUGGGCGCAGAAGGCUCAGGCUGGUGAGAAGCAAGAUCAGAAGAACAACCUAUCUUUUAUCACUAAAGCUGAUGGAACAAGUGCCCGGAAAUCAGAUGAGAGCAAUCUGGAAAAUCGACAGGAAGUUCUGGCCGGAUCUUCUGGUCAUUGUGCUGUGACUGAUGAGUCCCUCGGCUCCGGUAGUUUUGAGACAAGCACCACCGCACUGAGAGGUGCACAGAGUGCCAUUAUUGAUUUGGAAGAAAUUGAAGUGUCUGAAGUGUCGGGAUCCUUCCCGGUGAUUGAUCUCUGUGAUGAUAUCCCUAACACUAGAGCAUCAGACCUGAAUAGUGUCAUUUUAAUUGAUACUGUUAUUGCUGUAUGGAAUGAUGUUGUCUACAUGAAUGAAAGGGUUCACUUCUCCGUAGAUGUUAUAUCUGAAGGAUUUGUGCCUUAUAAGGGAGACUGGUUGGAGGUUGAGUAUUCAAUUCAACCAGGCACCUCCAUAAUCAGAAUACACUCAGUGAAGCCCACUACGUGUAAGCAUCUUGAAGAGGCCCGUGUUACCAGUGUGGAUGGAAGAUAUGGGGUGAUAGAUGAUAGUUUCCUUUUCACCUUAGAUACAGUGAUAUGCCCUAAGGGAUAUGUGCCUCAAGUCCACGAUGUUGUCAGUGUGGACAUCGUGGAGAGUGAUCAGAAGCAGUAUCUGUGGAGAGCAUUUGCUCUCAUGCCAAUCCAAACAUCAUCGUAA